CUCAGUUUCAGAAAUGGCUGGUGGUUUCCUCCUUACAAGGAAACAGCAGCAUCGCGGUUUCUGCUUCAGCAACAAACGAAAACACACCUCUGUCAGAGGAAGUGAUGAUUUUGAACAGAUGAGAUUUUGGGCCGGUUACCUUAGUAAUUAAACAGCAGCAAAAAAUAAAUAAAAGACCACACUCAGUCUCAAGUAGAGAAAGCAGGAGACAACAUGGACAAGCUCGAUUUGCUGUUGGAGGAGUUGGCCCUGAAUUCAGCGAGAUCAGAAAGUGUCAAUGAGAACAGCAGCAAUGAUCCAGCCGCUGGAGAGGUGUCUGAUGUAGUUUAUACUGGAUUAAAAAAAAAAGAAAAAGGCCCAGUCUGCUCCAAUGUGUACAGUGAUCUGCCAGCUCCUGUGGCAGCUUCCCUGACUCCUGACUCUCCCACUAAGGAGCUGGAUGCUAUCUUGCAGGAUAUGCUGUGUCUGGGACAAGGGGACCCCGCGUCUUCAACAACCCCACCGCCUCUCACACAAAAACAGUCUGUGAAAAAGAAAACAAAAGAUGGGCACCAGGAGAACGAGGAGAGCAGCAGCAGCACAUCAGCUUCAGACGCAAACGCCUCGACCACGAGCAAGAAAACUGAUACUAUAGAUGACCUGCUCGGAGGGCUGAGGUCUGAUUUGGAGAAGAUUGGCGUGCGCACCACGGCCAAGGGCCACUGUGCUUCUUGCAACAAAUGCAUCGUGGGAAAGAUGAUCACGGCGCUGGGUGAGGUGUGGCACCCUGAGCACUUUGUGUGUGUGGCGUGUAAGACGGAGCUGAGCACCACAGGCUUCUUUGAGAGAGAGGGUCGGCCGUACUGUGACAAAGACUACCAUCAGCUCUUCUCUCCUCGUUGUGCCUACUGCAAGGGGCCCAUUUUGGAGAACAUCCUGACAGCUCUGGACCAGAGCUGGCACCCUGACCACUUCUUCUGUACAGAGUGUGGAGGCCUGUUUGGACCUGACGGUUUCCUAGAAAAGGAUGGGAAGCCCUACUGUAGCAAGGACUUCUACCACCUCUUUGCUCCCAAGUGCUCAGGCUGUGGGGAAUCAGUGAGGGACAACUACCUGACUGCAGCCAACGGCACCUGGCAUCCACAGUGCUUCGUCUGCGCAGACUGUCUGAAGCCCUUCACUGAUGGCUGUUUCAUGGAGUCGGAUGGUCGACCCCUCUGCUCACACCACUUCCACUCUCGGCAGGGCACUCUGUGCGGCGGCUGCAGUGAGCCCAUCACGGGCCGCUGCAUCUCUGCUCUUGAUCGCAAGUUUCACCCCGAGCACUUUGUGUGCGCCUUCUGUCUGCGGCAGCUCAGCCAAGGCAUCUUCAAGGAGGAGAAAGGGAAGCCAUACUGCUUGGCUUGCUUUGACAAACUCUUUGUGUGAGACACACCGUACACAGCGUACGAACAACGCAACAGAAAGCAAUCAAAUGCAGCAUCAUUGUCAUCGAUGAGAUUAUAAUUUCCCCAUACUAUGAGUGAGACAUUAAAUACGGCAACUAUACUAUUCUUCCAUCACAAGAGUGUAUUUGCAUUAGGACAGAUGCACAAAAGUUUCAUUUUAUUCAGCGCUUCUUGCCCCACCGGGAUACUUGAUGUUUUCAUGAUUUGUAAUCGAAAGUGUGCAACAUGAACUGUGACAUAAAUUAUUAUUAGGUUUUGAAAAAAUAUCAAGGAAAAAAUUCUCACAUUAUAGCAUAAUUAACGACGUGGUUGUAAAACACGUGGAAAAUACCUAUGAUGCCCAUGAUGAAAACACUGAAGAAACCUUUCACAUAUGUGAACUUUGGAUGGUUAUAAAAGGUGUGCUGCUGACACUUGCGCUAAAUUAUAUAGGAUUCCAUACAUCAUGAUCACAUAAAACUCAUAAAUGGAGAAAGAAAAACACAGAAGUGCAGUUUUAAUCAGUGGUUUCCAUUAAACUAUCCUCAGUUUGCCAUAAGACUUGGCAGUCUGGAGAUACCCUCUGGCAGUAUGGAGCAGUUCGUCAAGGGGACUUGUCUAUGUGUCCUGAUAGCUUGUAUUGGCAGAGACUGGCAUGGAAUCGGCAUGCCAACCCGAGUUUCCUCUUACUCCGACUUACCAUUUGGCCCCUGGCAUGCACUGGAUUCAGACAACCUCUUCAGUCUCCACACAGGCUCCUUUAUAGACGCCUAUAGAAGAUUAAUGAAGGUGGUGAUGUGAACAAAGGUGGUUUCAGGAGGAGCUCCUUCACAUCGCUGCAUCUCUUCAGCUUCUCACUUUCACUGUUGAGGGAUGAAUCAGCCCCAAAGUGCUUUAGAGUACAUUUAGUUUUUAUGAUGCACCUCGUAUUUCUGGGCCCAUUUCUUUUGUUGCCUGACUUUUUUUUUGUUCACUCCUACUGAUAACUAACAGUUUUCAUUAAUACAAACAGUAAUUUCCAAAUGCACUAAUUAGAUUAAGGUCUUGAUUUUGAGUCAUCUGCCCUUUGUCAGGGGGAGAAAAUGAUUCUGCCAUCGAAAAUAUUCAACUGGAGCAAAGUUUUAUGGAAACAAAUACCAUUAAAGGGAACAUAUUGUGCUAAUCUUUAGGUUCAUACUUGUAUUUCUUUCUUUUUUUUAACUGGAACUCCAGAUACCCAAAUGUAUGUGGAUCCCCUUUAACCUCUUCAUGAUGUACAUGCUCCCGUUUUUUCUCGUCUUAUAUGUGCUUUUACGUGAAUGUCAAUGCUUUUUCUGCUGCCAGCUUUCAAACAUCUUACAUCUGCAUGAUCUUGAACACACCAUCAAGGACAAUGCGGCAAUUGUCAGAUGAAGUUGAAAAUCUAUUCUACAGGUUUGCAUACAGUGCUGAAACAAACAAACAAUAGAAGCUAAAUCAAUAAUUAAAGAUAUAGGAAAUCAAGGGAAUAGUGUGUAGAAUUUGGGGGGAUUUCUAGGCAGAAAUGGAAUAUAAUAUUCAUCACAUGUUUCCACUUGUUUAUACUCACCUGAAAAUAAAAAUUGUAGUGUGUUCAUUACCUUAGAAUGAGCCAUGUAUUACUACUUGUGGGUCCUCUUCAUGUUGCCAUGUUGCAUUGCUAUGUUUCUACAGAAGCCC